AUGUCAAAUCCACCGGCUUCAUCUUUGUCCUCACGUGUUACUUUUGCGUGCUUGACCCAUAGAAACCUGGGUACGGUCAAGAAACUCAAUUCGGUCUUGUUUCCCAUCAAGUACAGCGACAAAUUCUAUCAGGACAUACUAGCACCAGAGGUCGAAGACUUCUGUCAGCUCAUCUAUUACAAUGAUGUCCCUGUAGGCAAUGUUUGCUGCAGAUUGGAAAACAAAGAUCUGUAUCUCAUGACUAUGGGCGUCCUGGCACCCUAUCGCUCCAAACAGCUUGGUUCUCAGGCCCUGAUGCGUGUCAUCAAGGCCGCUGCCUCUCACUCAAAGCCCAAAAUCGGACGUAUAUACCUUCACGUACAAGUCUCGAACACUGACGCCAAGAGGUUCUACGAGAGACACGGCUUCAAAGAAGUAGGUAUCAAGGAGGACUACUACAAGAAGAUCACUCCCCGGGAUGCGUGGAUAUUAGAGCGGAUCAUCGAAUCGGAAGACAAGCAGGACCAGGAGAAGCCUCAAUCGUAA